AGUAUACAUCAAUAGAGUAAAAAAGCUUAACACUAAUGCCCUUAAAGCCCUAUUCACCAAAAAUAUCAAACAACAAAAAUCAAGAAAAAGAGAAAGAGGGCAGAAAGAGGAGAGAAAUAGAAAGAGCAAAUCCAAAGCAACAAAAUCAAUGGCUGAAACAAAACAAGAAUUAGAACCUCCUCUAUUCCCAACAUCACCAAUUCCACCAUCAGCUACUUCCUCUAUGUUUCUCUUAAAACUUAUGAGCAAAAGAGGAACAUGGGUUUUUCUCUUUAUUACAGUUUACACAAUCUUGUUAUCACUUUCUUGGAAUUUUCUCAAAUCAGUACUUUCUUGGUACGAAUCAGCUGUACCCCUUAACUCAACUUCUUCAGCUUUGUAUGCAUCUAUGGUAUUAGGAAUUGCUUUUGGAGUUUUAUCCAUGGUAGCAGCUUUAGUUGUGGUUGUUCCAGCAACACUUGUGACAUGGAUUAGUAUAUUGGUUUUAUUAACAUUUGCUGGAAAAGGGAGAAAGGAUUUGGUUUUAGAGGGGAAGAAAAUGACUGCUGAGAUUAUUGGGUUUAUAGUUAAGGUUUUGAUUAGAGAAGGGAAUUUAGUUGCUGCAAUUUGUGCUGUUCUUGGGUAUUUUGCACUUGUUAGAAGAAAUAAAGAAGAUGGUAUUGAUUAUUGAUCAGGAGUAGAUCAAGGAUUCGAGCCGUAGAAACGAUAUCUUGAAGAAAUGCAAGGCAAGACGGCAUACAAUUGGCCCUUGUGGUCCGAUCCUUAUCCGGAUCACGUGCAUAGUAAAAGCUUAGUCCGCCGGGCUGCCUUUUUUUAGUAUUGAGUAUUGAGUUAAAUAAUUAGGGGUGUAAGAGAUUUUCACUUAAACUCAGCUUGUAAAAAUAGGUAAGAUCUAAUGUUUUCUUUGGAUUUUUGGGGGGUUAUUCUUUAUAUGUAUGAUAUGUGUAAAGUGUAUGCUGUUGUGCUGUUUGUAGUAACCUUUGUCUUAUUGUAUUAUGAAAAAUACAGAAGAAAAGGAAAUCUAUUACAGUAUCUUGCUGUGAGUUGGAAUUAA